AUGGAUGAAGCACAGUUUCAACAAUUUAUGAAAUUGCUUAACGAAACCCAGGUAAGAUUAAUCGAUUCGUAUAAAGUACAUCAGGCAACACAAAACAUAGCGCAACAACCCAUGGGAACAAUAGUACCUUUUGAAAGUUUUGACCCAUCAAACGAAAAAUUCAACUGUUAUAUUGAACGUUACGAAAAUUAUACAGCCGUAAAAAAUCUGCAAAACGAUCAGAAAAAAGCUCAACUUCUAAAUGCUUCGAUCGGGCUUAAUCAUUAUAAUAGUUUAGCUGCAUUCAUGGGACCCGAUAACCCUAUAAAAGAGAUUGGAUAUGAAGACCUAAUGAAGAAAUUUAGGGAGAUGUUGGCGCCGCAAAGGAAACCUGUAGUGAGCCAACAUUAUUUUCUCAGCAUAGCCCAAAAAGAACAUCAAUCUAUAGCACAAUUUGUAGCCACCCUGCGUCAAUCUCUCUCUGAAUGUGAAUUUUACACUACAUUCGAAAUUAACUCUGAAUCAACACAUCGUAUGUCCUAUCACCAGCCUCGUAAAAGCCGGAAUACUUCUAAACAACGCCGAUAUCACUGUUCUCAAAACCGUCAAAGAGGAACUUCAGAAUCCAGAGGGAAUCGAAUCGAUUAUCGAGCUUUAGGUAUCGAUAACUUGUGCCUCUAUUGUGGAAGGUCAAACCAUCGCUCAAAGGACUGCAGAAUUGAAAAGAGAAGACUCAAAUGCCACUCUUGUAAGAAGAUUGGACACACAGCUAAGGUCUGCACGAUUAUGGAAAACCAGAAAAACACAUCGACUCAAUAUUUCCAGGACGAAGCUUCCAAUCAAGAAUAUGGAAUUUGCAACCUCAUCGAUCUAUUUGAGAUAUCACCUCACCAAGAUAAGUAUAUAGUUAUUGUUAAAAUUAAUGAUAAGCCACAACAAUUUGAGGUAGAUUCUGGUCCAAAAUUCACUUUGUUAGGGGAGAACGAUUACAAAACAUUAAAAUUAAAAUCCAAAAUUCAACCAACACCUACAGUAUUCCGUUCGUACUCAGAUCACGUUAUAAAACCAAAAGGAAAAGUAAUAGUAAACGUAUCAUACAAAGACAAAGUAAUUGAAAAUGAACUGUACAUUGUACCUUCUGGUUACAAACCCUUACUUGGACGAAAUUGGAUACGCAAGCUACAAAUUGACCUUAAAGAAAUCGAUAACGAAACAUCAAAUUCUCCAGAAUACGUCACAGUUGGUUCGAUCCAGACACCAGACCAAUUAUUUCAGGAGUUCGCACCAGUAUUUGAAGAAAAGAUUGGAUGCAUGCCUAAUGUGGAAAUUCAACUCCAUCUACGAGACAAUGCCUCUCCAAUUUUUACCCGAGCAAGAAACGUACCAUAUGCACUGAGAGAGAAUGUAAAUAAAGAAUUGGACAGUUAA